CAGCAGUGCCACCCACAAGUUCCGCGCACCUGUGCCCUUGCAGUGCGCCCACUAGCCCCGCCCACCUGUGCCCAGCAGUGCACCCACCUGUGCCCAGCAGUGCACCCACCUCAGUGCCACCCACCUGUGCAGCCCAGCAGUGCUGCCAGUCAGUGCCCAGCGGUUGUGCCAGUCAGUGCCGCCAGUCAGCGCCCAGCAGUGAUGCCAGUCAGUGCCAUCUAUCAGUACCCAUCAUCAGUGCCGCAUAUUAGUGCCGCCUAUCCGUGACACCUCAUUAGUGCUGCCUAUCAGUGCCGCCUAUCCGUGCCACCUCAUUAGUACUGCCUAUCAGUGCCCAUCAGUG